GCAUCUGUGGGUAUUGUGUCAAACCAGCCCAGCCUUGCCUAAUCAUUUGCAGAGGCCACUUGCUGCUGAAAGCUUUGUGACAGAAAGGGAGAGAGGCUUGUGCGAGCAGUAUCUGUACCAGCAGCACCAAAGUCCAUCCAGAAAGCACCCAACUUUGCUACUUUCUCAAGAGUCUGCCAGCAGUCCUGCCAGCCCUAACCUAACUCAGCCAUGAUAAGGAGAGGCUUUCCAGGCGGCAGUAAGGCUUGGCCAGCACAGAGCCCUUUUUGGUGGUCCCCAGGUCCUGCCCAGACUCAACCCCACCUCAGCAUUCGGAUCCUCCACGGACUCUCUGGUCUCAAGAUUCUGUCCAGAGAAGACAGAUUUGAAGGACUAUGCCCUUCCCAAUGCCAGCUGGUGUCCAGACAUGCUGGACCUAUACCAGGAAUUUCUAGAGAAGACCAAGACUGAUGGCUGGAUCAAACUGCCCUCCUUCAAGUCCAACAGGGACCACAUCCAGGGGCUCAAGCUCCCAUCUGGGUUAGCAGUUGCCUCUGACAAAAGUGACUGGCGCAUCUUCACCAGGUGCAUCCAAGUGGAAGGACAAGGCUACGAGUAUGUCAUUUUUUUCCACCCAUCCGAGAAGAAGUCCAUCUGUCUUUUCCAACCUGGCCCCUACCUGGAGGGGGCCCCCGGGUUUGCACAUGGAGGCUCCCUGGCUACCAUGAUGGACGAGACUUUUUCUAAAACUGCUUACCUGGCCGGAGAGGGGCUGUUCACGGUGAGCCUCAACAUCAGGUUCAAGAACUUGAUCCCAGUGGGCUCUCUGGCUGUACUGAACGUCCAUGUGGAAAAGAUCGAGGACCAGAAGCUUUACAUGUCCUGCAUCGCCCAGAGCAGGGACCAGCAGACGGUCUAUGCCAAGUGCUCAGGUAUCUUCCUUCAGCUGCAGCUAGAAGAGGAAUCACCCCAGUAACAGUCACUCUGCCUUCCUGCUGUCUGCUGUGCCUGCUUGGGACCCACUACAGAGCAGGGAGGGGUCCCCAAGAACUGACUGGUGACAUAAAGAAGGUGCUUUUCUCUGAAUAAAUAUAGACUCGUGGCCUCA